AUGAUGGGUGGUGACGAGCCUCAUCGCCGGGACUCGGAUGGGAUCACUAUCACCGAGACGGAACCCCUGUUGAUAAACGAGCGGCCAAGACGGCCGGCGCAUCGCCAGAGGCUAUCGGUUACGUCGAUUACAAGCGUCCACGUGCCCAAGAUCCAUAACGGGCGCACGAUCGUAAACCUUCUUUGCAUCAUCAUUCUUAUAUCUUCGUCCUCGACCGGGCUCAUCGGAAUACCAGAGACCCGUCUAUUAGAGGACGCAGCAUGCCGGCAGUACUACGGCCUCGAUAGUAGCACGUCCGGUCCCGUCGACGAGAAACGAUGCAAGGAAAACGCGAUCCAGAGUAAGGUAGCCUUCAUCUUGGCUAUUCAGAGCAGCGCCGAUGCUGCUGCCGGAUUCCUCGCCGCGUUCCCCUGGGGUCUCGCAGCAGACAGAAUCGGUCGAAAGCCCGUGGUGGCCCUCGCUCUAGCCGGAUCUCUCCUCGGGAUUAUUUGGGCCAUGACGGUGGUGUACUUCCACAACAUAUUCCCAGUCGAGCUAAUCUGGCUCGGGUCCCUGGGCAACUUCCUCGGCGGCGGCAGUGCGGUUAUUGCUGGGAUCGUGUUGAGUAUGAUCGCUGACUCGACGACCGAAGAAGAGAGAGCUAUUGCAUUCAUGCGUGUCCACGUCGCCAGCUUAUGCGGAAAUCUUGGGGCGCCAGCACUUUCGUCCGUCAUAAUGGCCAGGGCCGGGCCAUGGCCGCCAAUCUGGAUCGCCUUUGCCGUUACCGCACUAAGCGGGAUCGCUUUUCUCUUCGUCCCAGAGACGUUGAAGCAUCAGCCAGGACAGGAACCUGGUCAUGAUCAAGAAAUGGUAGAACGCGAAGAAGAAACCACAGACCUCAAAUCACGAGUAUCACACGUCAUCACCCAAUUUAAGGAGUCGCUCUCAAUGCUCAAGUCCACAUCCCUCAUCCUUCUUCUAAUAACGUGCCUCGGAACUCCGCCCGUUUCAUACGCGGCACUCCAGUUUAUGGUGCAGUUUUUGUCCAAGAGGUACGGCAUCGAGCUUUACAAGACGGGCUACAUCCAGUCUACGUAUGGAGCCGCCCAGGUUGUUCAAGCCUUCCUAAUUCUACCAUGGGUUACUCGGUAUGUCAUGAAAAGCACAACACCUAAAAGAAUCCGAGCACCUGACGAGCAUCAUCGUGACCUGUCCCUGGCACGUUGGUCAUAUACGCUCCUGGCCGUGGGGAUAUUCAUCCUCGGUCUGGCACCGACACUCUCAGGCUUUAUCUUCGGGCUCAUGCUCAUGGCGCUUGGGUCCGGAUUCAAUAGUUUAACUCGAAGCCUGAUGAGCCUAUACGUUGACCCAGAGCAUCGCUCUCGACUUUUCAGUCUUGUCGCCAUGGCCGAGGUUGUCGGCAGCGUGUAUGCCCAGCCAUUCCUCGCUGCGCUCUUCGCUCUUGGAAUGAAGCUGGGUGAUGGAUGGAUUGGACUGCCGUAUUAUGCGUUAUCAAUCCUUAUUGCUGCUGUUGCUACACUGCUGCUUUUCGUUAAGGUGCCGAAGGAGGCUAGAAGCUCAGCGCCAACGCGCGAGAACGGACAUGAAGAGUGAUUGUGCCGGGGAUAAAGGGGAUAGAUUAAAACACAUGAAGUUAACUAGAGUAAUGGUU